UUCUUUACGUGUCUUAUUGCAGCGUAGAAUUAUUUCACUAUGUUUGACGCUAAAUGAAACUUGAAUUGGGAAAUGUUCUAAAAUUUCUUAGGGUCAGCUGGGCUGAGUGGCCAUAGACCUUAAAAAAAAUAUAACAAUACAUGUUACAAUUUGAGGUACUCGUCUGGAAAGCGUUAUUCGUGUAUCUCUAAUUAGGGGGCUGUGUUCUCUUUUCAUUUGUAUCAUUUGUAGCGUUGUAACUCUUUAAAAUGUCCAGUGAAUACUGCAUUCCAGACCUGAUCGCUAAAAAGAGGGAUGGCGAUGAACUAAGCGAGGAAGAGAUACAUCAUUUCGUGAAGGCUUCUUACUCGUCGAAUGGUGCGUCUGAGAGCCAGAUCGGCGCGAUGCUCAUGGCUAUGUAUUUAAAGGGACUGAACCGGGAAGAAACGGUAAGCCUUACGAAAGCGAUGCUUUCGUCGGGCAGUUCUCUGACGUGGCCUGAAGAGUGGCAAGGAAGUGUGGCAGAUAAGCAUUCAACAGGAGGAGUGGGGGAUAAAGUGAGUUUAGCGCUCGCACCCGCGUUGGCUGUGUGUGGAGUGAAGGUGCCGAUGAUUUCUGGUCGAGGCCUUGGUCAUACUGAAUGUCAAAUUGACCUUUUUUUUUGUCACCUCCUAUCAGAAAACCCAUCAGCCCUUGUGCUGGAUGUAAAAGUUGGCAAAGCAGCCUUUGCAACCACGGAGGAGAGAGCUAAGGCUCUUGCUCAGACCAUGGUUGGUAUAUGCGUUGGUUUAGGCAUCAAGGCAGUGGCCCUGAUCACCACCAUGGAUGCACCAUUGGGAAAAGCUAUAGGUAACAGUGUGGAGGUUGCAGAAGCCAUCAGCUGUCUGAAUGGAAGGGGCCCUGAAGAUUUGAAAGAACUUGUGAUUGAACAAGGUGGUUACAUACUUGAAGCUUUAAACAAAGCAGAAUCACAGAAAGCUGGUGCAAAACUCAUUGCAGAUGCACUGGAAAAUGGAAAAGCUCUUCAAAAAUUCUGUGACAUGCUGAAAGCACAGGGAGUCUCGCCAGAUUUGGCUAAAAAUCUCUGUACCCGAGAUGCAGAUCCCUUCAGUAUCUUACCCAUUGCUGCCAAAAGAUUUGACCUUCUUGUAGACAAGAGUGGAAUUGUGACUGUUAUUGAUGCUCUUGUCCUCGCAAAAGUGAGUCACAAGCUUGGUGCAGGGAGAAGUAAUGUGGCUGAUAAAGUUGAUCAUGGAGUUGGGUUUGUCCUUGAUGUGCGCGUAGGUCAAUUUGUUCGUAAGGAUGAUAAAUGGGUGACUGUGUACCACAAUGGUAACCUUUCUGAUUCUCAGAUUGCUGAAUUGAAAAGUGCCUUGGAGAUUAAUGAAAAUGGUAGCACUGCAGAUAAACCCAUAGCUUCAAGAAUUUUUGAUGUCAUUGACAGCAGAAGACGAAAUUCAAUUUUUGUUGGUCAGUGAAUUACAGAAAAUUUGUGGAGAAAAUCACCUAAAUUUUUUUAAACCAGGAUUCAUGAUACAAUUGUAUUUUAUUUUUACAUUUGCUAAAAUGAUAGUGGUGUAUGUACUUGUCACUUCAUGAAGGUUUGUGUAGGAAGGUUUAAUUUUGUUAUUCUGACUGGGAAGUUUUGCAUGAUGGCAAGACUUUCAUAAGGUUUUGAUUACUUUACCAUUUCCUCUAAAGAAAAUAGUUCAAAAAUCAUUCUUGCUUAAAUUAGUGUUUAGAAUAGUAUCUUCCCAAAUAUUUGCAUCUUUCACUCCUCUGUAAUAGCAUCAUUGAUCAUCAGUAUUCACAUAAUUUGCAUCUUUCACACCAUUAUAAUAGCAUCAUUGAUUUUCAGUAUUCACACAAUUUGCAUCUCUCACUCCACUGUAAUAGCAUCAUUGAUCAUCAGCAUUCACACAAUUUUGUAUUCAUGAAACUCUCUCUCUCCCUCUCUACUUAAAGCAUUACUCAAGUAAAUUGUCAAAAUGGUGGAAAAUUGAAUCUACUGGUUUAUAUGCAGUUGUUGACUUGAAUAGUUUAAAGUAUUAUACCUAGAGUUACAUACUUUGCCAGAAAUACACAAUCAAAUGAAACAUCUUUGCAAACAAAUUGGAUAAUGAAUAGAGUGUACCUAAUUUAUGACAUUAUUUAGUUAUGGCUAUAAUAGUUUCAAAUAUUUGUAUGGUAUUAUUAAUGAGACUUCCUUUACUUCUUGUCGUAUCUUAAAAUGAAACAGUGAUAUGUACUUUAAUAGCUUUAGUUUGGAACCCACAUAAUUAAUAAGGAGCAAAUUCAUGAUAAUUUCAAAUUUUAUUUGGUGUAAUAACUGAAAUGUACAUGAAGAGUAAUAUAUGGCUGUAAACAUAGUCACUUUCAUUAUGUUAAUCAAUUUCCUUCACAAAGAUGAAAAUUUUCAAGCUUAUUUUUGGUAUAUUAUGCGAGAUAUUGCAGUUAAUAAGUUAAAAUAAUUUUCAGCAUUGUAAUUCUAAUAUUAUUGUUAUAGUUGAGUAUUGUACUAUUUGCUUUAGGGUUAAAGUGUAGCAACCCAGUAAAGUUGAAAUACAAGCUAUAUGAAAUUCAA